AUGGCUACGGCGAAGUCCAUCGCGGCCGACAUCGAAGCCAUUCCAGGGAAGAAGGAGAACCUCAGAAAGGCGUUCGAGGAGCUCCAGGCCCACUCCUCCUCCCUCGCUUCCUUCACCCUACGGUGGAAAGAUCUCGAGGAGCACAUAGCCUCCAUCCAAGCAUCCAUCGAGGACCGCUUCCGAGAGCUGGAGUCCAAGGAGAACGAACGGUCUGUCACCUUCAUGCCAGCACACGCCGCGGUUGCCCAACCCUCAGAGAAGGAGACGAUAGUUCCGGUGAUCGUAGAGGAAGAGCCAGAGGUGGACCCGCGUCCCGAGCUCAAGUCCUUCUGCCUCAAGAUGGACGGUAAGGGACUUCUGCAGUUCAUCAACCAGAACCGCAAGGAUCUCUUGAACAUUCGCAAAGAGCUGAACCGAGCAAUCCGGGCUGCGCCCGACCCUGCUAAGUUGGUUAUUGAUGCUGUCGAGGGGUUCUACCCUGCCAAGGUCAGCGGAGAGGGACCCUCGGAAGGCGAGCUCCACGCGAACAGGAGGACUUGUACCCUCCUGUUGGAGCGCCUCCAUGUGAUCUCCCGGGAGAUCAAACCCCUCACUAGACAGAAAGCAACGAAGCUAGGAAAAGAAUGGAAGAAGAAGAUGUCUCAGGAUGGGGGCCAGAACUACGUGGAAGCCCUAGCCUUCCUGCAGCUCCUGGUAUCUUAUAACAUCAUGUCAGAGUUUGAGGCGGACGAACUCUUUAACCUUCUCAUACCCAUGGCCAAGCGGAAGCAGACCAUUGCUCUCUGCAGGGAUCUCGGUCUGUCCGAAAAAAUGCCAGGUAUGGAGUGCGAAAAACUGGUCCAAUCGCCUGUAGAGGCAUGCCUCCGCCUGUGUCCCCAUGGGUGCUUUGAAUUUAUUUCUUUGAUUAAGACUAUGCACGAUCAAUUGAGGGUUUUAUUACCAGUAGGUUUUCUUUCGGUGUCAUAGCUAGGUGAUGACUGGUGUACAGUUUGAUUUUACUUUUCCGGUUCAUGUUUCGUCUUCUCUUGGUGUCCAUGGUCCAUUAACUAGCAUAUUAUAUCAGAAUGACUAGAUUUGAAAACCUUUAGUGCUGCAGAAGGAGCCCUUUCUUCAGGGAGCAUGCUAUCCCUACAUGUGUAGUUUUAUUCUCAAACCAAUCUAGAUCCCAUGCAAUUUAUGCAGAUAGUACAUUGUCAUUUACCCUUCAUUAUCGAAUCUAGUGACUAAUCGCAUUGGUCAAUGAGCACAUGUUAUUCCUGGCUUUUCUGGAAGCUUUGUUGCUUAGAUUUCUCUGGUUGGCGUAUAUCUCCUUGUUCUGGUGAAUCUUUAGACUGGACGCGUUUCCCUCAAGUUGCUCUGCCCUUCAUCCCCUUGUAGUGUAACGCAUGACUCUAUGCAUCAAAUUCUGUUGCAGAAAACCUACUGUCAGAAACUAUGAUCAGAAAAUAUUAGACAUUCUGUGCCUGCUUCAAUACAGGCGUUCUUUUCUUUAAUAGAGGAUUCCCCUCCAAUUCAUUGCUUCACCUCGCCCUGCAUACAUUUCAUCUGCUCGGGCAUCUCGUCCUCAUCAAUUCCACUAGGGCAAAUGCCUUAACCAUCCUUUGCUGUCGAUUCAUGCUUGUAUUGGUAUCCAUUUGAGAAACGCUAUUUGUCUUUGAACACUGGGCUUGCAUUGUCUGCCUAUCCUGGAAAGCUCCUUUAUGAUCUUGCUGCAUCUGGCUCCACUACCUGUUCAAACUCCCAACCCUCUGUGAGGCCCAGCUGAAUAGUUUGCAGUGUAGUGAUCUGGGGCAUCAUUAGUUUCCCCACUCCAGAAUGUCCCUAGAUAAAGGGGUGGGACCAGCGGGAUAUUAUCUGCUUUUUCUUCCCCUUUCUCACUUGUUUAUGCUCCAUUAUAUGACUAGAGGAUUCGAUCAUGGCCAGAGGAAGGAGUCUAUAAAUCAGAAAAUAUACCGGAUCUUGUGUAAACUGUCACUUUGGCCUCCAAUAUUUUGGCUAAUUUUGCGGCAACUACUUUGUAUGUCAUAUUUUUAUUCUAUUGCAAUAUCUGAAAUGGAUCUGCUGGAUGGAAGCUUGAUAUCUAGAGACAGUGACUGUGCAUCUAUUUUUCAUAGUUUUGAGCUCUUGAUGGGGACCAGAUCAUAGUUCUCGGUUAAUCCCUUCAGAGAUUGACGCACCCGCACCAGCCCCAGAGUAUUAAUGUUAGUCAUUUAAGUUUUGCAAAUAUCAGGAAACCAUUUCCGUUUAAGAAGGGCGAUGAUCCAUGCUUCUUUUUUUUUGUGUGGUUAAUUUAUGAGUUCAUAUUCGAUCAGUUGAGAUGGAAAUCGCAACCCUCUUGGAUGUCUUGUCUCUGUGCUUUCCAAAUCUUGUGCUACACCUUUGUUCAACUGUGGUCUAUCAUUACUUGAUGCCUGCCCUGCGAUGAACUGAUGUUUUAGUUAUACUCAUUUGGGAUACCAUGCAUGCAUGAAUGAAUGAUUGUCAGCAAUAGUUUGACUUCUAUCGUACAUUUAAUGUUGUCACCUGGAGUCGUCAUUUUUCUUUUUCCUCACUUUUCUUGUAAUUUUUUGAUUAUCUUGGCUGUUAUAUGGUUUAGUUCUGUCAUCUUAAGAAACUAUCUUCAGGACUGAUACUUUUCAGCCACGCUGUUAUUGUGCCAGUUGAAUCCCUUGGCUGGAACUUACCAUAAUUGUCUCAAAGGACGUAUUGACAUUCUGAUUUGCUCUGCAAAUCAAAUUACCUCGUUAGCUAUGCCUUAAAUCUGAAAAAUCUCAGCCACUUUAUAUUUCCAACGUUUUGAAAUAUGCUCUUCUUUAAUGUGUAUUUCGGACACCUUCGGGAUGGGUUCCCCCCCUCCUUUUAGAUGCACCUUGAGGUGAAAUGACCUGCAAGCAUUGUUUGCUUGUGGCAGAUUUUAUCCAGAAACUGUCCAGUAAGGGGAAACAAUUAGAUGCUGUGAAAUUUGUGUACGCCUUUGGCUUGGCGGACAAAUUUCCUCCUGUGCCACUCCUAAAGGAAUAUAUAAAGGAAUCUAAAAAGAUUUCUCAGGAAGUCCGUAGAAAGGGUAACAACUCAGCACAGUCACAGGUACGAUUUCCCCGUUCUCCUUGUGGAUUUAGGUGUCUGCUGUUGCACCUUUAAAGUUGCAAAUGUCAUUAUGUCGCAGAACGAGGCCACUGCCAAAGAACUUGCUGCACUAAGAGCAGUAAUUAAAACCAUUGAAGAAUACAAGCUGGAGUCUGAAUACUCUCCUGAGAGUCUUCAUAAGCGUAUCACACAGUUGGAACAACAGAAGGCUGAGAGGAAGCGUUCUGCAGCUAGCUCUGCUCUGACUAAUCCCAAAGGACAGGCUCAGCAGUAUCAAGCAAGUAAACGGCCUCGUCCAUCAACUACGACUGCAACCGCUGUGGUUGCAGCUCACCCACCACCAUCACAUUUCUCACAGACUCAAUCACAUCUCUCUUUGGUUGACCGCUCUCCGUUCAUGGCUUCCACUGGACCAUAUGGUCUCGGCGGAAACAGCUACAUCUAUGAGCGUUCUAGCUCAGCAUAUGCUUCAAAUCCACUGGGCUUGGGCGCUACUCGAAGCCCACCAAGGUCUCUGCUGUAUCCAGAUUCACUUUCUGGAUCUAGUUUAUAUGACAGGUCAGGGGCAUAUGUCAAUUACUCCCUGCCAGGUGGCUUGCCUCCUCAGUACAAUUCGUCCCUGUACCGGUAG